UGGAAGGCAGUCGUGCAGCUGGUCUUUGAGGUUUGUCUCCGUUGUCUUCUCGGCUGCUGGUUCACCCGGAAGCCGUGACAUGUUGACGACCCGCCACUCGGCAGGACUCGGCAGUCCGCCUGAAACCAGAGGCUUCCUGUGAGUCUGAGUCUCAUCCUUCUGCCGUUUCUUCAGCUAAAACAACAAAACAACUUUGUUUCAGAAGCUCGCGAGACCUGAAGGAUGGAGUGUCAGGACUCCGUGGUUUCUUUCCUGAGUUGGGUUCUGGUUUUCGGGGGCGCGGCUUUCCUGCUGCAGCAGACCCGGAGACGCACUCAGUAUGGCCGCUACGCGCCGGCGGACGCUCGGACGGCGCUGUGUCCGGCCAAGGUGGCCUGGUUCGUGCAGGAAGUCCCGGCCUUCGCGCUGCCGCUGCUGCUGCUGCUGCUCACCGAGCCGAGGACGGACGGACAGACGACCGGGCGGACGCUGCUGCUCUGCACCUUCGUGCUGCACUACUUCCACAGGAGUUUCAUCUACGCCUUCCUGACCAGAGGACGACCCGUCCCGCUGUCCAUUGUCCUCAGUGCCACCAUCUUCUGCUCGCUCAACGGCUUCCUGCAGGGACACCACCUGCUGCACUGCGCUCAGUUUGAGCUCACCUGGCUGACGAGCACUCGCAUGGCUGCAGUAGGUUGCCUUCUGUUUGUGACUGGAAUGACCAUCAACAUCCACAGUGACCACAUCCUGCGCAGCCUGAGGAAACCUGGAGAGACUGUCUACAGGAUCCCCCAUGGAGGAAUGUUUGAGCUUGUGUCUGGAGCGAACUUCCUUGGAGAGAUCGUCGAGUGGUGUGGUUACGCUGUAGCCGCUUGGACUUUACCCACUUUCGCCUUCGCUUUCUUCACCGUCUGCUCCAUCGGACCCAGAGCCUACCACCACCACAGAGACUACCAGCAGAAGUUUGAGGACUACAGCUGCUCCAGGAAAGCCCUCAUUCCUUUCAUACUGUGAGGAUGGGCGUGAACUCAUGGAACGACUAAGACGAGUCUGUACUCUGUACAGUGACUCAAACUGAUGAUGCCGCAACAAAAAACUGUUCAAAAGACUGUGGAUUGGGUUAAAAUAAGUAUGUUGAUCGUUGAAACUUUUGAAAGAAAAAGAAAGUAGGAAAUUGAGAUGCAGGACUGCCUAGCAAAAUGUCACACACACACCCUUAAAUUAUCAAAACCUUUCCUUCUGUUUUAUAGAUUUUGUGCAUUGAAAAUAAAAGAGGAAUAAUGUAAAAGCUCUGUCAAGUCCAUUAGUG